UUGUGGUCCGGGUUUGAUUUACAAUCGACUUGGCUAGACCUUAGAAACCAAGAAAUGCAGUCUCCGAUGCGUUGUCUAAAGUAGCCAUCAUUUUAAACAACGCAUGUGCUGGAUAAAGAAGGCUGCUUUGUAAUCGAGGAGAAGGAUACUGUAAACCAAUGGUUCUCAACCCUGGUCCUCAGGACAAAGAUAAGAAAAAGAAGGAGAGUAUAUUUGACCUGUCAAAGUACAUUGAUAAACCAAUCCGGGUGAAAUUCCAAGGUGGACGAGAGGCUAGUGGAGUUCUAAAGGGGUUUGACCCCCUUCUGAAUCUUGUGUUGGAUGGCACUAUUGAAUACAUGCGCGACCCCGACGACCAGUUCAAGCUAACGGAGGACACCCGGCAGCUGGGUCUGGUGGUGUGUCGAGGGACGUCUGUGGUCCUCAUCUGUCCACAGGAUGGCAUGGAAGCCAUACCCAACCCCUUCAUCCAGCAACAAGAUGGCUAGAUUCUUCCUAUUUUCCCUCCAAUGACUUCACAGAAUCUCCCAAGCAUCAUUUUCACCAUGUUGGAAGUCUGUUUUACCCCCCAGUGUUGUGUAUUUUGUGUUUGAGAGUGGGAGUUUAGGAGUUUUGUUCACAGAUUUAAAAGAUUUGAAUAGAUGUUUAAGUUGAGAGGGUUUUCAUUUAUGCCUUUAAACAAACAGUUUUUCCUGUGUAGUACUUGUAAAACAAGGUGUUUUCCCCGUUAAAAGCAGUGAACUACUUGCUGAUUUAUUUUUAACUGUAUGUUUUUACGUUAGCACUAAAUACAUUUACUAUUUUCUUUA